AAAUGUUGUGCUCCGUAGCCUACCCUACAUCCGAUGGCAGGCAGGGAAACUUUGGGCUUUCAAGACAUCGCGCAAUCGUGACCUGAAAUUCUUCUUUAAAGUCCAAUGAUCACCGUUUCCUGGUAGUAGAUUUGUGCAGUUACCCACGCACUAAGAUCGAUCUGCAGAGAGAAGGACGAAACAGCCGAGGACAAUUCAUGCACUGACUUGAUAUUGCCCAUAGCACUUUAUAAUUUGAGGUUUCUGGUGAGCUUUACAAUUAUGUCCGGACAGCGAACAUUUGUAAGCCCUUUCCACAGACCGCACUUGCUGGCGGCUGCAGCCCCAGCUGGAAAGGCAAAGUUAACUCAUCCCGGGAAGGCUAUUUUAGCUGGUGGGAUUGCCGGGGGCAUUGAAAUCUGCAUCACUUUCCCUACCGAGUAUGUGAAAACCCAGCUGCAGUUAGACGAGAAAGCCAAUCCCCCACGUUACAAAGGCAUCGGGGACUGUGUAAAGCAGACAGUCCAAGGUCAUGGGGUCAGGGGCUUGUACAGGGGCCUCAGCUCGCUGCUCUAUGGUUCUAUCCCAAAAGCAGCUGUCAGGUUUGGGGUGUUUGAGUUCCUCAGUAAUAAAAUGCGGGAUGAGUCGGGCAAGCUGGACAGCACACGUGGGCUCCUCUGUGGCUUGGGGGCAGGGGUAGCAGAGGCCAUUGUUGUGGUGUGCCCAAUGGAGACUGUGAAGGUAAAGUUCAUCCAUGAUCAGUCAUCGGCAAAUCCAAAGUACAGAGGCUUCUUCCAUGGGGUUAGAGAGAUUGUCAGAACUCAAGGUAUUAUGGGAACGUAUCAAGGACUGACGGCAACUAUACUGAAACAGGGAUCCAAUCAGGCUAUUCGUUUCUAUGUAAUGACUUCACUAAGGAACUGGUACAAAGGUGAUGAUCCCAACAAGGCCAUCAACCCUCUGAUUACCGGGUCGUUUGGAGCUGUAGCAGGAGCGAUCAGUGUGUUUGGUAACACACCUCUGGACGUCAUCAAAACUAGGAUGCAGGGUCUGGAGGCACAUAAGUAUAAGGGCACCGUAGACUGCGCCAUGAAGAUCAUGAAACACGAGGGGGCUGCAGCGUUCUACAAAGGGACAGUCCCACGUCUGGGCAGAGUGUGUAUGGACGUGGCCAUCGUCUUCAUCAUUUAUGAGGAGGUGGUGAAAGUCCUUAACCGUGUUUGGAAGACCGAGUGAGAGCAGCUGAACAUGAUUGGCUGAGCUAGAUGACCAUGCAGUGGCCUUUUUGUCUCAUUAGCCUGUCAGGGACACUGGUGGCAGAGACCUUGUAUUACCCAUAAGGCCUUGCUGGAGUCUGAUUUACCAACUCUCAGGCUGCGAUAUUGUGUACUUCACUAAGUAGCACCUUUCCCAACAGAAUGUGAUGACAGACUUACAGAGUAUACUUGAAAUGGAAAGCUAAUAAAUAAAUGUUUAGUGUAGAUCUCUACUCAAAACACAUUUUAUACUUAAUAUAUUUGGGGCAGAUGUAGAUUUUAGAAGGGGAUGUGGUAAAUGCUGGGGGUGACUAAAGACUAUACGGUAUAAUGUUGCUAAUCUAUCGCUAAAAAUAAUUAAAUGUAUUUUAAUCAGAAUUUUAUUUCUUAAAAAAAUGAAAAUAAUAAUUGUUUAAUAAUGGAAUUUUAUCCAUACAUUGUACAGUAAUUUGAAUUACCUUCAUUUUGAUGCUGACAGAAGUAGUGACGGCUAAAGAUAUGCUCAGCUGCAUUCGUAAACCUCUUUAGAACAGGUGUUAAACAUUUCCUCCAAAACAAUGGUCCAACUGCCCAGUUAGGAUGAACAUUCCUGGAAUGGUGAAUGAAUGAUUGAAGUGCCUGCACGUAUAUGCAUACAGUAUAAGUUCAUGUUUCUUAUGCCCACAGAUUUGUUAUUUUGAUAUAUUUGAAGUGGUAUUUCAUCUGGAAAGAUCCAUGCAGAUUCUCGCCCCUGUCCUGUAAUGUUUACUCUGUAACUGAAACAGCUGUGUUCAUAGUGCCUCAAAGGAGAGGAAAUGUUGUUUAGAGAAGGCCUUGUUAUUUCCUCAUACUUUCCUGUUUUGUUUUGAGACAAGACUGUGACGCAUCCUUGUUUUCCGAAAAGUAAAUAUACAGCAGAUGCCCUCAGUUAGGAAAUUAGAUAUAAAUUGACCUGUUAGUGUCAGCAGGCAUUAAAUUGGACAGCAUGAUGACGCACAUACCAGAUAGGAGCCACAGCUCACCUCCUUGGGCAUUUUCAGUGUUUAGAAGAACAUUGCUUCCAAAGCCUUUAUUCUUUUAGAAUGACUCGUUUAAAAGGUACACACAAGAUUGUCUCCUGGAAGCAGCCCUUACCUGCACUAUUUUCAUUUUCAGGUGUUUGAUCAAAUCUUUCCCAUUCCUUCUUUGUUUAAUAGCCUUUAAUGCAGUUUACUUCUUUAAGGGCUAAAUUAUGUUUUGCAGCAAUGUGAAAAUGAGUCAUUGAUCCACAACGCCUUAAUAUAAGCAAAACUAGUGACAGCUGUCAAAAUGGGGGCAUCUUCCUCCUACCUCAAGACGUCCAUAACAGGCUUAUAAACCAUUGGCAGUCCACAUUAAAUAAACACACCCUUACUGAGUGCUUCAUAACAAUCACCUGGUGCCAUGGUGUACUGAGUUAGUAACUCUCUUCUCAAAGCCUCGUGAAUACCUGACAGGUCUUUGUCCACACUAAAGAUAGACAACCAGAGUUAAAACACAUUUAAGUCUCAUCUUAAAUUCUGGUACAUCGUCCGUAGCUUUUACAUUUUUUUCUCAUGUGCCUUCAUGUCUGAAUGUUUUUCCUUUUUUUGUGAACCAGUUGUGUAACAAGGGUAUGAGCUAUUUUCCUGUUAAGUAAACUUAACAAAUAGUCGAUAAACAAAUUUGUGUCAUAUGUCAAGACGGUAAGGGCAUUCUUGGUUGGUUCCAAUGACAAAAUGUUACAGACCCUGACCUAGCAUGUGGAAUGUUAACAAACCUGCUGGCCAAUACCCUUGUUGCUUUUAAGCUUUUUUUAAAAGCUAAACUGGAAUUUUUUCUCAGAGGGAAAUAUGUUCAUACUGUGAACAUCUUUGAAAGUCAUUAUGUUGUAUGUCUAAUGUAGGCAUAUAUAAUCGUAUUAAUUACAUUAUGUGAUCUUCAAUCAAUGCACACCUUAAAAUCUAACAGUUAAUGUAUACAUGUUUAUAAUGCCAUUCUUUGUGAUGCAGAUCACCAUGUCAUGUGCCUUCAAUAAUGUCAUUCAUUAUCAAUAAACACCAAAAUGUUGGAAAAAAUGA